AUGGACUUGACUCGUUGUCAGAUAGACCUGACAGAACUGGCCAGUCACAUUCAACGACUCCAUUGGCUGGAAGGAGGCUUCCCAAUCAGUGACACUGACCUGGAGAUGCGCAUCAGCAUGCAGAAUCUUUUCUUGGAGAAACCUAAGAAGAAGCCUGGAAAAAUGUAUGGUCACUCCAGGACCUUGUCCCGUGUGGAAGCUAUGGGCGGAGUUUUCACAUCCAGCCACCUUAGUAACAAUUUCAGGUCUGUUCAGUCUAUCCCGGACUAUGUAUACUCGCAGCUGUCUAAUCCUCAAGUCACCUCACCAGAGGCUAAGAAACUCCAACAGGACAUCUGCUUACUUUCGCAGAAGGUUUUUACCACUCUCAAGUCUGUCCAUGAAGUUUUGACCUUGGAGAAAGAACGACUUAGACAGACCUGGACUGGCCCUGAUUUGAGUCAUAACGCCUCAGAGCAACUAGCAACUCUAUGCAGCACAUUGUCAGAGCUUGACAUACAGUCUCAUCUGAACAAAGUCCAUUCACUUUCCCUGUCCUCGGAAUCUACUGAGGAAUCCUUCUGCACUGUCCAAACAGACCAGCAGCGGUCACCAACCUUUUUGAGGCUGAGGGCUACUAUGUGAGCAUCGAUGAUACGAAGGGCUACAUGACCCAUUUGUGGCAAACUUCCAAAAUAAAAAAACUCCUAAUACUUUACAAAUAUUGCAUACUUCAUAUAGUACAUUUUUAAAAAUGGAUAAGUAAUGUAAAGCACUAAUGAU